UUCUUUGCCCAGCGGACAAGAAAUCGUACAUGUAUCGUAGCAACACCGAACCCAAAACCUCAAAACCACAAUUUAUCUUCCACGUUCUCAGCAUUCAAGAGUAUUCUGUGACUACACAGUUAAUUCAGCGUCCUUUUCGUGCUGAUCAAGUACACCCGUUCAUUUUGGAAGCCAUUUCGUUGUUCUCAAAAACCUUAAAGUACACGAAAGGUGUAUCCGACUUGAGCCUUGUUGCCAGCAUCGCGAACAAUAAAUGGUGCUUGACAUAGAAUCAUGCUGACCCCAUCACUUCAUCCUGCUUUCAUAUACUCUUGAUAGCUUCACGAGAAAAUAGCCAGAGCCUCCUCAAACUACGAGUCAAUGUAAUAAUCUUGGCCCGGUUGUGACACAAAACGGGAAUCAACGAGGAGAAUAAUCCUCCCUGUCCAUCAAAAAUCUAUCUAGGUGUCCCUAAUUUUCUGGCCCCAGAAUAUAGCCCGAAUCGGGGACUUUGCGAGCCCGAGAUCAUCACUCAUACUGCAGACUGUAAUCAAUUUUCGGACCCCAAUACUGCAAAUACUACUCGGCAUACCCCAAUCUGGUCUGGCUGGUUCCCGAUGCAUUGCAUGCUGACACGACAAGAGUCCUGAGCGUGCUUACCUAUAUCUCUGCCUCACAGCACGGUCUUAUGCCUACGUCUUUCAUCCUACAUCACCUUCCCCGCCUUCGCAUAGUAGGCCGUCUUUGAUAUUAUUCCAUGUGGUGAUGUCUGGUAACAUCGCCCACUUCGAUCCGUAUCCGCGUAUUCCUCGCGCGACUUUUGAGGCUGUGGUGUGGAGUGGCUUAGCUUUUUGCACGCUUGCGCUUGCAUUUCGAUGCUUCAUUCGUAUCCGCGUUUUCAAUCGCCUUCAAGCCGACGAUCUCCUCACAGUCUUCGCAUGGUUGUUACUUCUUGCGACUGCGCUCACAUGGAGGUUUAAUCUCGACGGGCUGUACGAGCUCGCGAUUGUCAGCUCGGGAUCGAAGGUGCCGGCGCCGAAUUUUGUUGAACUCUCCGAACGAUUUUUAAAGAGCUCUCUAGCCGUCAAGCUGAUGUUCUACAUCGGUCUCUGGACAGUCAAGCUUAAUUUCCUUAUCCUUUUCUAUCAACUCGGAUCAAGUAUACGAAGCUUUCACAUCUUCUGGUGGAUUGUCACAGUUUUCACUGUUUGUUCGGGGCUAGCGGUUAUCGGAAACAUACAUUAUGUAUGUCUUGUGUCGCCGCUUGAGUACAUCCAGCUUCAUUGCGCAGACAAAGCCGCCGUUCGGUAUCAAAUCGUUACCCUCAAAACUAAUUGCGCUUUGGACGUGGUGAGCGAUGCACUCAUUGUCAUAUUCCCCAUUGCCAUCCUGCAUAACGUGAGAAUCAACCGUGCACGCAAAUUUGCAUUGGGUGGCUUGUUUUCGCUCGUUGUGAUCACGAUCGCGACUUCCAUCGUUCGAGUAAUAUUUGCCGGGCACAAUGGGGAAGCAGAAAAAGUUGAGAUGACGUCGUUUUGGUUCUGGUGUUACGUUGAAUUAUCCGUUGCGCUUUUAGUAGCUUGUUUGGCUUCGUUCCGUACUUUGUUCGCGCAUCAAGAGAAGGCAAGAAAGAUCCAAGCGGCGGACGAACGCGAAAGGGUGGAAAAAGCGAUUGACGGAGAAGUCAAGUCGAAUGUUCGUCGAGCGCGAUGGAGGCAUUUCCAGGACUCACUCUUCCAGACCGCGAAAUCUGAGGAAACAAUUCAGGUGCCGGAGAACGACAUGAGAGGCCGACCAGGUACAAUGUACACUGUGUAG